UAAUGAAUUAAUUUUUAUUGGUAAUAAAUGAUUUAAUUCAAAUAAUUGGGGGUGUUGAAAUCGAGUAGAAAUGGAUGUGGGUAAGUAUUGUAAAUUAUGCUAAUGCAAAAUUAAACGUAUUUUAUAGUAAAUCAUAGAAAAAAAUAUAUCUCUUCUCUGAACAAAUUCUUAUAAUUACGCCACCUUUACUGAAGGAUGUCUAGCUGUUUGUAACAUACUUUGUGUUCUCGUGAAAAAGUGGGGAACAAGCAUAUAUUAUUGUAAUAGUACCAGAUACAUCGCAUUAUAUUCUCGUUUUAUAUUAUAACAACUAUUUAUUCAUUCGACAUUUGUCUACCCGUAAACACGGCUGGCCAGUUAAUUGCUCUGAAAGUUUUGCUAAUUAUUUGUUUUUUCCAUAUUUUUCGACAUGCGACUUAUUAAUGUUUUAUUAUUGAUACGUUUGUAUUGUUUGGUGGCUGCUAAUCAGUUUCCCGUAGUAGAAAUUGAAAGCGGGCUCAUAUCUGGAAUACUGUCGAAAACAUGGAAUGGAAGGACUAUUUACAGCUUUCAAGGUAUACCUUAUGCAACUCCUCCAGUGGGGAAGCUGAGAUUUCAGGAACCUCAACCGAUAAAACCUUGGCUAGGAGUGUGGAACGCAUCGUCUCCGGGUAGUAAAUGUAUUCAAUACGAUCAUUCUAGUUAUUUAAUUGAAGGAGACGAGGAUUGCCUUUAUGCCAACGUGUAUACACCAAAACUUCCGACAAGAGGAAAGAGUAAUAAGCUUUUGAAUGUAUUGGUUUUUAUUCACGGAGGUGCUUUCAUGUUUCUUUACGGGUCUGUGUACCAGCCCGAUUAUAUAUUAGAUAAAGAUAUAAUUCUCGUUACGUUUAACUACCGGCUCGGACCAAUAGGUUUUUUUAGUACUGGAGAUUCGGUAGUGUCUGGAAAUAACGGAUUAAAAGAUCAAGUGCAUGCAUUAAAAUGGGUGAAAAGAAAUAUAAAAUAUUUUGGAGGUGAUCCAGAAAAUAUUACAAUUAGUGGAAUGUCGGCUGGAGGUGCCAGUGUUCAUUUUCAUAUGUUGUCACCAUUGUCUAGAGGAUUGUUUCAAAAAGUAUUCUCUCAGAGUGGAACGGCGCUGUGCCCUUGGACAAUGGCUGAAAAUGUACCUUCUAAAUCAGCAGCUAUCGGCGCUUACUUAGGUUGUCCAACUUAUCCGUCAAAAGAACUGGUCGAAUGUUUAAUUACCAGGCCAGCUGUACACAUCGUAGAAGCAGUUAAAAUAUUUUUUCCGUUAUUGUACAACCCAUUUUCUCCUUUUGGACCGGUUGUCGAGUUACCCAGUGAAAAUGCUUUUAUAAGUGAACUGCCCUAUCAUAUUUUAGCUAAAGGUCUAGCAGCAGAUGUACCGUGGUUGUUAAGUGUUGCCACUCAUGAGGGUCUUUAUCCAGGAUCUGAAUUCAUCAAUGAUCCAAAGUUGUUAAAGUAUAUUGACGAAAAUUGGAACAAAGUCUUGCCACACAUACUGGAUUACAAUUACACAAUACCUCAAGAUAAAAUUGACAACGUUUCAGAACUUAUUAGAAAAGAAUACAUAGGCAGUAAAAGAUUGAUCAAAGGAAAUACAGAACAAUUUAUUCAAAUGAUUAGCGAUCGCCUGUUUGUAGUCGAUAUUAUAAAAGCUGCUAAAAUGCAUUCUCAACUUUAUAAAUCUCCGGUAUAUUUAUACCAAUUCGGAUACCGGGGUAGCCACAGUCUUUCGGAAUAUUUUUCAAAAUCAAAUGAAAAUUACGGAGCAAGUCAUGCAGAUGACACAGGUUACGCGUUAAAAAACGUAUAUGCAAACGUCGAAGACUCAGAAUCGGAUAAAUCAUUAGUGCCAAUUAUAGUUGAUAUUUGGACAUCAUUUGCUUUUAAAGGAAUACCAUCAACUGGAAUUAGUUCUAUAAAUUGGACUCCUGUCAGCAAAGAUCCUCAUCAUUCGGGUUUAUCGUUUUUAAAAAUAUCUUCCCCUACAAAUAUUUCUAUGGACGAAGUCCAGGGCAUGGGGAGAAUCGCUUUUUGGGAUUCGCUGGACUUCAAAGAGAAUGAACAUUAUUCUUAUUAUAAAAAUAAGGAUUUCUGAUUGUUUUUUUUAAAUUAAUUAUUAAUUUUAUGUAUUAUGAUGAGAUAUCGUGGUCUGAAUAAGAAUAUUUUAAUGAUUUAAUUGAACUCAUAAUAUUAUAACAUAGUAUAACUAUUAUUUAUUUUAUUUUUCAUGUAUAAUGUAUUUCUACAUGUAUGAGUUGGUGAAUAAUGAAUAUAAUAUUAUAUGAAAAAUAUCGCUUAAGUUUUGUUUGCUUAUAAUACGUUAUUUGCUUAGUUAAAUUUAUUUUUAUAUAGAUAGUUCAUGGGACACACAAAGUAUUAUUAUUAUUAUUUUGAAUUUGUAUUAAAUUGUAUAGUUAUUUGGUUAAUCAAUCAAACAAUUUCUUAUUAUUUUUUAAUCUAUGUUAAAGAACAUUUUGAUGAAACAUUAAUAUUGUAUUAUUUGAUUUAAACGUGUAAUCAUAAUUUAAUAAUUCAUUAUAUUA